CAGACCUGUGGGUUGGUUUGAAAGCAGAGAAGCUCUGACACAGAAGAAACGCAAGAAUUCUCAGGCUGCAGCGCAGCAACAUACCCGAGAUACACGGCGCUGAACAGAAUAAAACGAGCACAGCGCUUGGAGCUGCCAAUAGGAAUACGCUUCUGUGAAAUACUGUGGAAUUAUUGGAGACACUUAAAUGAACGAAUGAAUGAAGGACUGCUGUCAACAUUCAAUUUUCUACUAACCUUGGCAUCAUUUAACGUAAGUGACUGGUUGAUGUGUUUUAUGUGCUACAAGAGCAAGACGUGCACAAUAACUUAAUGAAACAGCUGCAACCGUUUAUACAUUGAUUAAAAUGGAUCUAGGGGAAUGCAAGAUCUCCGUGUGGGUUUGCAGAGAGGAGAAGCUGGUGUCGGGUCUGUCGAGACGCACUACCUGCGCUGAUGUUAUCAAGGUGCUUUUAGAGGACCAGAACCUCCAGCAAGGGGCACCCGGGCGGGUGCUUUCAGGGUCUCCGCAGUCCUACUGCGUUGUGGAGAAAUGGAGAGGCUUUGAGAGGACUUUGCCCAACAAAACGAAGAUCCUGCGACUUUGGAGCGCUUGGGGAGAGGAGCAAGAAAACGUCAGGUUUGUGUUGGUAAAAAAUGAAGCUUCUUUACCCAACAACGGACCCAGGAGCGCAGAGGCAAGGGUCGUGCUCAGCAAAGAGAGCCCGUGUGUUUUUAAAGGAACUGCGAGGGCCACUAUGGCUCUGUCCCAGGAAAAACAACGCAGGAUUGUCCGGAAAGCGUUUCGGAAACUGGACAAAAUCAACAAGAAAAGACAAGAAGCGUUACCCAAGGAUACGACGUCAGGGGAAAAGAUGGAAACUUUAGUGCAUCUGGUUUUAUCGCAGGAUCACACUAUCCGCCAGCAGAUACAGAGGAUUACAGAACUAGACAGGGAGAUCGACAGGUAUGAAGCUAAAGUUCACUUUGACAGAAUGAAAAGGCAUGGGAUCAACUAUGUGCAAGACACCUAUAUGGUUGAUGCCAGCCUGCAGGCUGACUCGAAUGCAGACAACGAUAAAAACGAGUCGGCGGAGGCUUUUGCGCAGUUUGAAGAGUACUCAAGGCGGUGCGAGGAGGUUAUAAAGCUGCAAGAGCAAUUGACAGAUCAGGAAGCACUGAUGGACACGAUUACUGCAGAGAUCCAACAGGAGUUAAACCAGAGGUGGAUGACGCGGCGCCAAGGGGAGCUCUCUGCCAAGGACGCAGACAGCAACCAGACAGAGACCCAAUCUACAAUUACAGCAACUGCAGCGGCAUCAGAGCCAAUUGCUUCUGACAACGAGCUGCUUGUGGAGCACGAAAGGGUAAAAACUCAACUAGACACUAGCCUGUACAUCGGGCUCCGAUUAAAUACGGACUUGGAAGCAAUCAAAAGUGAUUUAGAUCUGAGUCAGGAGCUGUGGGUUGCAAAGGAGGAAGAGUUGCGCAUUUUGCUCGAAAAGGUGAAUUGUAUGGAUAUUGAGGCGUCUGACAAAACAGAUGAGCAUACGGAGGACAGUUAUGAAAGCAGCCCUGUAAUAACUGAAACUGAAAUGCUACCCCCCUUGGACACAAACAGUGGCUGGGUUGAGCAGGCAAGGGGGCUGUCAAAGAACUGCAACACAAACGACGAGGACUCAGACACAGGGUUAAGCUCGAUGCACAGUCAGGACUCGGAUACUACACCUGUCUCCGAAUCUUUGGUAUAAAGAUUUUAAUUGAAUGUUUACCCAUUAGCUCAAGGGGCAGUAUAUAAAACACUACAAAGGGGUUGUAAAAUACAGCACGUUUAAUGCACUGCUAAGGGGAUUCAUGUCACCAGUAGUUUUUGCAAAAGUGCCACGCCCAGGACUUCCGAUCGUGUUUUGUCACCUGUGCACCCUUUAUAUCAUCAGUACCGAUAUCCUUGCUCUUACAAAAAGUCGCAUGGUGCUGCAUGGUGAUAGACUCACGUAACACACACUCUCAAACGUAUCGCAAAUAUGUAGAACUAAGAAAAGCUAUCAUUUAAACGACUGCGUUGUUGCAACCGCAAAUAAAUACACUUACGUCGGUGGCGUAAAUAUUAAAGUGACAUAACUUUAGUUUUGUUAACAAAGUAAGUUUAUACUGUAGAAAACAAUAAAAACAACAUAUUCUUUAAUCCUGAGUUACUGGUUUCAAUGCGUGCUCACCCAGGACAUUUUACCUUGUUGGUGUGCUGGAGCAGUAUGCAGGACACAACCUGGUGGUAUAACUGGGAGAAAGGGAUUCUAGUACAACCUUAGAGCAGGUGUAUGAGCCUGUAUGUUUCAGCCAGGACUACUCUGGGCACCUUUGGUGAUCCACACCGUAUGCCUUACAUCAUGUAACCUAUAACGCCAAAUGUACAAGUUUAACAGUUAGUAUAGAAGGUAUAUUAUAUAUGUUAUCUGAAGGGUAAUUUGGCUUUAAGCAAAAAUUGAAUAUUAGCAAACAGAAGACAUUUGAUGCAUUACAGGAUCAAAAUCAGAUCAAAACUUUAAACAUUAAAAAAAAAAAAAAAAAAAAAAACACACACACACAAUGAAAAGGUAUCUGUUGUACUAAAACAUUUCUAAGUUUUAAUCACAAUAUGUAGAUGGCUAGUUGACAAUACAUGAAGCAUGUGUCAGAUGUCAAACACUCACAUGUGCAAUAUGUAAAACGAGCACAGAGUCCAGCCAGAGACAGUGGAACACAUUGUAUCCAGAUGUAUUGUGUGAGUACUGGCAAUUCAUGCUUCUGUGCAACACAGUACAGUUUACUGAAUCACGCUAAAGAUCUCAAUAAUAUUAAGGGCCUCCUUUACAAAGAUUCAGCAAUGUGAUGUCAAGUUUAUGUGAAGGAGAAAUGCAUUCCAAUGAGACUGCUGCAGGUUAUCCAUCAAUCACUUAUCAGUGGGUGGAGCCAUACACUAUGGCUGCAGACCCCACAAUACUUUCUGUUGCAUGUUCUACCUGUAUCAAGGUGUCUCUCCAGUUGGAUUUGAGCUUUGCAGGCUUUUACAUUAAGAUUGUUAGAUAUGCGACUUGCCUGAAGAUUUUCCACAUUUGAGCUGGGAGGUUUGUGAUGCCACAUGGCACCCCACCUAAACUGGUGAAGCCACAUUGGGCGAAUGCUACUGAAUCUGCCUUAUGAACAGGAUACACAACAUGCUGAUUUGUAUAUGAGAAAAAAAAAAUUAAAAUGGCUGAAAAUACAAAAGUAACCGUGCCUUUGGAAAUUCUUUGGCGUACAGUACAGCUGCUAAAUUGGUUACUAUGCUACAUUUGUACUACAAGAUUCAAACCUGCAGUAUAUAGAGGAUUGUGUUUAGCAAAAUAACUGGCAAUUAACUAUCAUCUUUUAAAUCUAAACUCAUAUUGUUAAUUUGAUAGAAAAUAUCACAUUGAUGCAAAGUUGUCCCCAAAAUACAUCCCACUAACUUGACAAAACUGGUUCUUUUGAAUUGAUCUAAACAGUGGUAGCUCUGCUAAAUAGGCCUCUGCUGAAAGCACAAUACUGUAUCAUGCAUGCUAUUAUUCCUGGACAAACACCAUUAAAUGGUGAAAACUGUGUCAUUACUCAAUUACUGUAUAGUUAUGUAACAGUUAGAAUUAUCUUAACAUGGCUACUGUAUCCGUGUGGUUGAGCAUUGCCGGUAUGGCAUUCUUAGAAGCUUACAAACUGUGUAUGAUUGACCCAUGGUGUAGAGUGUGAAUUUCAAUUGUGAAUGUUUUUAUGAGUUACUACAAAUCCCAUUAAAACUAUAUGCAGCACCAUUACCAAGGAGCAAAAUAUUUUACAGCGUUUUGCUUUUGAAUAUUUA